AUGUCGCGCCUGUCAAGCACCCCGUCCCCUCGAAGGCAUCUCGAUGUGGUCCAGGUUCACUGGCGUGAGCUAAUAGACUACAGGACAAACUCUCGAGUACCCGUCGUCGACGGUCGCACAUUCAGUGUGGCGGCUGUGGCGGCGGUGUCACGGUUUCGCAUUGUCCCGGAGCUGACGACGGCGGAAGACAUUCUGGCAAAAGUGGACGCCGCAGCCACAAUCGUUGCACAGUUCGUGGCUCAAUCAGCACUGUCCGGCGCAGGGAGUAUGUACGGCACGACGACCGGAUUUGGAGGCAGCGUUCCCAAGUUGCAACGCGUACUCAUCCAAGGUCUUCAAGCUGGGAUAACUCUGCCGCCUCCUCGGCAGGAAUCUGAGGGAGACGGGGUGCCACUAGCUGUCGGCAUACGCCUCAUCACGCCAGAAGAGUGGGUGAAAGCGAUCAGGAUGAACUCCCUGGUCAGAGGACACUCAGGCGUUAGGCUCAGCGUAAUCGAAUCGUUGGGACAGCUCCUCAAGGAGAAUAUUAUACCAUGUCCUCCGCUCCGGCAAACUAUCAGUGCCAGCGGCGAUCUCGGACCUCUGGCAUAUAUUGCCGGUGCGCUCACAGGAGACAACCACUGCCUCGUAUGGGACGGAGAAGGGUCGAGCCGGGCUCUGACAACGGCCCCUCUCGCUCUCAGUCGUCGCUCGCUAACUCCUCUAGAACUUCUUCCCAAAGAAGGACUCGCGAUCGUCAAUGGAACUGCGCCGUCUUGCGCCGUUGCAGCCUGCACUCUGCAUGAUGCGCAUUUCCUGCUUCUUCUAUCGCAGGCGACGACGGCUAUGUCUGUCGAAGUGCUUCUGGGAACAGCGGAGAGCUUCACUCCCUUCAUCAGCGAGGUCGCGCGGCCCCAUCCUGGCCAAGUGGAGGUCUCAAUGAACAUACGGAAUGCCUUAUCUGGAAGCAAGCUUGUCCAAAGCUACGACGAACGUAAUGCGACCGAGAGGCUCAGGCAAGAUCGGUACAGCCUGCGAACUGCGCCGCAAUGGCUUGGACCGCAGGUCGAAGAGCUGCUGAGCGCUCAUCAUACGAUUACCAUCGAAAUAAAUUCGACGACGGACAAUCCGAUCAUUGACGUGAGCAAGGGCGAGCGGGGAAACAUCAGCGGCGGAAACUUCCAGGGAACAUCGUUAACAGUCGCGAUGGAGAAAGUACGCAUUGGAUUGCAGCAUGUUGGAAGGAUUGCAUACGCCCAGCUCGUCGAGCUCGGCUCUCCGAGCAUGAACCGGGGACUCGCUCCUGAUCUCGCGGCGAACGAGCCUAGCUUCGAUUAUGGACAGAAGGCGCUCGAUAUGGCGUGCGCUGCCUAUCUAGCGGAGUUGUCGUUUGUGGCGAACACAGUGUCCAACCACGUCCAGCCUGCGGAGAUGCAUAACCAGUCCGUGAACUCGCUCGCAAUGAUCUCAGCGAGGUACACAGCGACGGCGGUACAGCUCGUCCAGAUGAUUCUUUCGAAUCUCCUUCUCUCUGUGUGUCAAGCCUCGGACCUUCGCGCAAUGUACGCUGCGUUUUUCGUCAAGUUGGGCGAUAACCUUCACGACACCCUCUCCGCUACGAUCACCCCGCCUCUGCCUCCUCCCGAAAUGGACCGGCUCUGUGCGAUACUGGCCGACCAGGUCAAAGCGAGCUUCGGCGAGACCUCGUGGUUGGACACGAAGGAUCGGUUCCACACGAUGUGCAAACCAUUGCUCGCUGAUGUCCACACCUUCCUUGUAGCGCAGGCACUCUCGGACAUGUAUUCCUUCAACGGUCAUGCGUUCCACACCACGCUCGCUGCGUCUUUGGCAGCUGCCUGGAUUUCGAACAGGGACACAUACUUCCGGGAUGGCAGCGCCGAAGAGUUGCUUGGGCAUGGCACCCAGAAGCUCUAUCGCUGGGUCAGACGUGGCCUCGGGUUGAGUAUGCGUCGAGGCAUUGACAUUGAUCGGGGCACCAUUGAUCUCGACGUCAGCAAGAUAUACGAAGGGAUAGUCAAUGGUGAUGUGAACGAUGUUCUCGUGGACGUUUUCGGCGGAAUAGAGAUGUCUCAGUGAUGAUCUGAGACCAAGCUACAGCGAGUACGAGGAGCGGACGUCCGCGGGGGAGGUUUGUGUUAUGCUAGGGUCAAGCCAGGACAGAGAUUGCAUUCCCUUCAUAACGUGACACUGGUCGACUCGGUUAGCAGGCAGUAGACAACUUAAGACUCCUGAAGGGCAGCUAUACCAAUGCACAGGUCGACUAUGAAACCGUACGGCACCAAGUACCCAUAAUGACCUGUCUACAGCGAUGAAGCUUUGAAGGGCCGACAACGAGAAGGCAUAUGCCAGGCCGUAGGUGGUACUGCACCGGAUCCCGUAUACGACCCA